UUCAGUUCACUGGCGCACGAAGCGUUCAAUUACCUUUCUCGGAGCAAAAUGGAUAGUGAUAUACAAGGAUUCUUCAAAAACAAGACCGUUUUCCUUACGGGUGCCACCGGAUUUCUGGGAAAAGUGAUCACUGAGAAGCUCCUAAGGACCACGGAUGUCAAUCGGAUUUACUCCUUAAUCAGAGCCAAGCGGGGAGUGCCCAUCCAGGACCGAAUCACAACCUGGGCGAAGGAUCCGGUGUUCGAGGUGCUCCUGAGGACAAAGCCAGAUGCCUUGCAACGGGUUUGUCCCAUCGAGGGGGACUGCCUGGAUCCGGAUCUGGGUAUUAGCCAAUCGGAUCGGAGGAUCCUGAUCGCCGAGGUGCAGGUUGUAAUCCAUGGAGCCGCCACCGUGCGAUUCGACGAGGCCCUUCACCUGUCCCUGGCCAUCAAUGUGCGGGCCACUCGUCUGAUGCUUCAGCUGGCCAAGCAGAUGACCCAGCUGGUGUCCUACGUCCACAUCUCCACCGCCUACUCCAACUGCGUGGUGCAUGACAUCGCAGAGCGUUUCUAUCCGGAGCACUUGAACUGCAGCUCGGAUAAGAUCCUGGCCGUGGGUGAAAUGGUGAGCAAUCAAUUACUGGACGCGAUGGAACCAAGCCUGGUUGGUUCCUUCCCCAACACGUACACCUACACCAAAGCCCUGGCUGAGGAUGUGAUCCUGCGGGAGGCGGGCGACCUGCCACUGUGCAUCUUCCGCCCGGCGAUCAUAAUGUCCACUUACAAGGAGCCCCUGGAUGGCUGGGUGGACAACCUAUUCGGACCAUUGGCCCUCUGCUUCGGCGGAGCUCGCGGUAUAAUGCGGGUCACCACGGUGGACCCCAAUGCCAAGAUCAGCAUGGUGCCCGCUGACUUCUGCGUAAAUGUGGCAUUGGCUAGUGCCUGGAAAACGUCCGAGAAAUCCGUAUCAAAUGGAAAGGUCCAGAAACCGCCCAUUUACGCGUUUGCGCCCAGCGAGAACAACCUGCUGAGCUACGGAAGCUUUAUCGAAUCAUCUAUAUUCUAUCGGGACAUCAUACCGCUGACCAAGAUGCUGUGGUAUCCCUUUGUCCUGUGCAUCUCCAACCCAUCCUUGUUCCCGCUGGCCGCCUUCUUCUUCCACACCCUCCCAGGCUACUUCUUCGAUAUGCUGCUGCGUCUCAAGGGCCGGAAGCCCAUUCUCGUGGAUCUGUAUCGGAAGAUUCACAAGAACAUCGCCGUCCUGGGCCCAUUCUCCAGCACCACCUGGAACUUUGACAUGACCAACACCAAGGAGCUAAGGGAAUCGAUGUCCAAGCAGGACCGCCACCUGUACGACUUCGACAUGGCCCAGCUGGAUUGGGAUGACUACUUCAAGUCCGCCAUGUACGGAAUGCGCUUGUAUAUUGGCAAGGAGAAACCCACCGCGGAGUCCAUUGCCAAGGGUCUGAAACUGAGAAUGCGUCUUAAGGUCCUUCACUAUGCCUUCGCAUCCUCACUGGCUUCCCUUGCUGGUUACGCCCUUUGGUCGCUGGGCAAACUCGUAGUUUAACUUCCGCAGAGUGGCUAGAAGUUCUCAACGGACUUUAUCGAUAUGAAAUGAUAUUUUUUAUGUUCUCUAAAAUUAUAUGCUUAAAAUAAUCAAAAAUAAAAUACACAAUACUAAAAACCUA